GAUGUUUGAUUUGAAGUUCAUUAAUGACAUUUAUUAUUAGAUCUAAUUCGAAUCAACUUAUUCUAUGCAUAUGCCUUUCCUAGCUAAUGUAAAAUCAGCCUUAUUCGAAUAGUAAGUCCGUGCAUGCAAGGCUAGCCAUCAAGAUAUCAUCUCAGCCUUCGCUCAAGGAGGUCCCGCACUCACUACAAACAUGUCUCCAAGUAGAGAAGUCACACCACCACCGCAGGAAGGAUUUGCACUCCUGACCUCCACUCAUCGCGAUAUCGUCGAAGCCAGCGCCUUCAACACCUACGGCACGCGCUUCGCAACCGGUUCCGCGGACGGCAAAAUCAAGGUUUACAAUCGCCAUCACGACGGUUCGUGGAUGCAAUGCGAUACAUGGGGUGCGCAUAACGGCGGUGAAGUUCUACAAUUGCAAUGGCUACCACCUACUAUCCAUCCCAAUCUCAUCGCAUCAAUUGGCACCGACGGACGGUUUAAGUUGUGGGUGGAAGAUCCCACGUUGGCGCCGAAUAAGGGACGCAGAUUCAACUCGCACAAUAACCGGCCCGUGUGGGAAACACGAUCGCAUACUCGCGCGCCGUUUUUGAGCUUUUCAAUUAAACAUCAUGUGGAGAAUAGACAUACUUAUAUUGCGUUGGUGGAUCGCGAUGCGCAGUUGAUCAUAUAUGAGAAUGAGGAGCCGGAGAAUAUGACGGCGUGGACGGAACUCGAUCGGGUGAAUGUGUGCGAGAAGCCUGCGAGAGGAGAGGAGGUUAGCUUCAAGGUGGCUUUUGAUCCGAAUUUGGAGCCGUGUUAUAGGGCUAUUAGAGAGGGGGUCCCGAGAGAUGCGCUGGGUUUGGUGGUCGCGAGUAUGAAUAAAGCGAGUAUUUGGCGCACGAAGGAAAUCUCGCAUACGGUCAGUCUGGGGAGUGCGAGUACGAAGGAACUUUAUUUGGCAGCGGAGUUGAGGGGUCAUAGGGGCUUGGUGAGGGAUGUGACGUGGGCGGCGGGGAAUAUUAGGGGAUGGGAUGAAGUGGCUACGGCGUGUAAGGAUGGGGUUGUGAGAGUUUUCCGCGUGGUGGCUGGGAAGGAGGGUGAGGGAUUAGAGGGCAGAAGUAGUGAUUUCGAGAAGGUACCGGAAAAAAUCGUUGCGCGAAGUUCGGCGCAAAUGACAAUUGAGAAUGGAGCAAAACCCGCACCUUCUGGUAUCAGUGCAGGAUUAGCAGGCCAAAGAACGAAUCGAAGUAGACAACAAGAAGCUCAAGGUAGGGAUGGAGCGGUAAUUCAUGCCGUGAAGGAGAUUUCUAGGUUAGAAGCAGAUCGAGCGCCAGUUUGGAAGGUAGAAUUUGAUGCAGAUGGGCAACUACUGGGGUCUACGGGCGAUGAUGGAAAACUGAUGAUGUGGAGGAGAGAACCGACUGGCCUUUGGAGCAGAAGCGCAGAAUUGGCGAUGAAUAGAGCGUGAUGAUUAUCAUGAUCUCGAUCCAAGGAUAAAUUGAUCGGAACUAAAAAAAAAAAAAUAACUACUCGGAGUAUCAAUGGAGUCUGGGGAUUAUUCAGAAAGAUACCGUAGUUUUGGUUGGAGUUAGGAGUUGAGGGCGUUUUGAUGAGAUGACUGAGCUUGGGUGGUUAUGAUAAUGGAGAUGUAAAAUAUAUAUAUCUAGAUGGCUUUAAUAUCCUCCCACAAUAUCAAUUUCACGCAUUAUUCCA